AUGCAACUGUUUGUAAGAAUUCGCAAUAAUCCAAGCAUUUGUACAAUAAAAACCACAGAGAAUGCCAAAGAUUUAAGCUCAAGUAAGAGAAAAGUUCACGGACACGUCAAGAACAUACAACAACGAUACUACAUGAACACUUCUACGCUAUGCACACACUGUUAUGCUGGAUACGAUUACAAAUUUUCUUAUUUUGUUCUCUUCGUGGAGCUUUUUGUAAGUCUGACUUACAACAAAAGCUGA